UUUAUCGCUAGGGAUACGUUCCCCAUUUUGUUCCAGCUUCUGCGGCGCACUCUGAUUUUAAAACCCCAAAAACGCCAUACAAAACCCUCCAAGAUCAGGAUUUUAGAUUCUCCAUGGAAUCCUCAACUCUAGUUUCCUUCACGUUCUACUCUGCCUUUCAUGGUGGAACCUUCGAUGGUACUGGUGCAGCCUCCAACUCCCAUACGAUCAAUCGAAGCCGCCGCCGCCUGAGAUCUCUCAGUUUCCCGCUUCCUUCACCAGUACAGCCGUUUGUAGGCCGGCGGCGUGGCUUCCUAGCCUUCAUCCCCGUGGCUGCCUCUGGAGCUCGCGGAGGUUCAGGAAGGAGAGCAUAUCGGCAUUCUCAGGCGCAGCAGAGUCUCCCUCGUAUUCCGGUUAAGGAUAUCGCUUCGAUCGUUGCCCCAGCGGGAGCAUUUAUUGCCAUUACGUUCGGUCAUAACUUUGGGGAUGAUGGUCUAAUCUUUCUUGCUGAAAGCUUAGCCUUCAAUCAGAGUGUAGAGGAUGUGGAUUUUUCUGGGAAUGGGAUAACAGCUGCUGGAUUGAAAGCAUUUGAUGGCAUUCUUCAGACAAAUAUUUUAUUGAAAACGCUCAACUUAUCCGGAAAUCCAAUUGGUGAUGAAGGAACUAAGUAUCUUUCCGAUAUUCUGAUGGGGAAUAGUGGAAUCCAGAAGAUUCAGCUUAACAGUACUGGUAUUGGGGAUGAGGGGGCAAAAGCUAUUGCAGAGCUGCUAAAAAAGAAUUCAACAUUACGUGUUUUAGAGCUUAACAACAAUAUGAUUGAGUUUUCCGGAUUUGCUGGUCUGGCUGGAGCACUUCUUGAAAACAACUCUAUUAGAUCGAUACAUCUCAAUGGGAAUUAUGGCGGUCCACUUGGAGUAGCAAGUUUGGGCAAAGGCAUUGAAGGAAACAAAUCCUUAAGGGAACUUCAUUUACAUGGCAAUAACAUGGGUAAUGAGGGCAUAAGAGCAUUAGUGUCAGGCUUAUCUGCACACAAGGGAAAAAUAACUCUUUUGGACCUGGGGAAUAAUGAUAUUGGUCCUAAGGGAGCUUUCCAUGUUGCUAACUAUAUCAAAAAAACAAAAUCCUUGCUAUGGCUGAAUCUUUAUAUGAAUGAUAUUGGUGAUGAGGGGGCUGAAUUGAUUGCUGAUGCCUUGAAGCAAAAUCGGACGAUAAGUACGAUUGAUUUGGGAGGUAACAACAUUCACAUGCGAGGAGUUAGCGAGAUAGCUCAAGUCUUAAAAGACAACUCAAUCAUCACUACAUUGGAACUAGGUUACAACCCAAUUGGGCCUGAGGGGGUCAAAGCUCUCUGUGAAGUCAUCAAGUUUCAUGGAAAACUAGAAACCCUAAAACUUGGUUGGUGCCAGAUAGGACCCAAAGGAGCGGAGUACGUUGCAGAUGCUUUGAAGUACAACACCACAUUGUCCACUCUCGAUUUGCGGGCGAAUGGGCUCGGAGAUGAUGGUGCAGUCUGCUUAGCACGUAGCUUGAAAAUUGUUAACGAGGCGUUGACAUCACUCGAUCUGGGUUUCAAUGAGAUCCGAGAUACCGGAGCAUUUGCAUUAGCCCAAGCACUAAAGGCAAAUGAGGAUCUUGCCGUUACUUCACUAAACCUCGCGAGCAAUUUUUUGACCAAAUAUGGACAGGUGGCUUUAACUGAGGCUCGAGAUCAUGUCUAUGAGAUGAGUGAGAAGGAGAUCAGCAUCUAUUUUUAGCUGUCACCAUACUUUUAAUUCCUUCUCCCAUUUUUGUGAAGGCUGGGAGUCUGUACUUACAGAUUUUAAUAUUUUAUUAUAG